GAGCGAAAUUAGAUGCAAAACUGUCUGAUUGCAGCCUCACAAGUAGCAACAUGAAGGUCCUCAUCAUUGCUCUGUGCGCUCUCGUGUAUAUGGCCGCGGCCAGUCCGCUGGAAAAGCGUCUGGGAGUACCGGUACAGGCAGAGGAUGACUGCAACCCGAAGAUCGGCGCUAAGAACUUCUCUACCGAUGCCACCGAUUGCCAGGUGUUCUACAUCUGCGAUCACGGAUGGCCAAAGAUCCGUCGUUGCCCAGGUGACACCAUCUGGACACCAGCAUUGGAGAGAUGCACCGACAAGUACUUUGCGGUUAACGACGAGUGCAGAUACGAGGCUCCACCCACACCAGCACCAGUUACACUUGCUCCAGAGGAUCUUGACCCAGCUGCGUGCUACGACCCAAGAAACAUGUGCAACGGAGUUAUUGAUUGCAACAAUGGAGAGGAUGAGGAGGGCUGUGCUCCGAUCUGUGAUCCUAACGCCUGCAGACUGCCAGACUGCAAGUGCAGUAGCCCAGACGCUCCAGGAAAUCUCCAGAUAAAUGAGAUUCCACAGCUGGUUAUGAUUGGCUGGGAUGGUGCUCUGAGAGUAGAGGACUACAACCAUCUUCUCCAGCAGAUCCUAAAGAAAGUGAAUGCCCAGCGACAAAGAGAGCCGCGAACGAACCCCAAUGGUUGCCCGUUAACCGCAACUUUCUUCACAAGCCAUCAGUUCACUGAUUACGCAGCAGUCCAGUCGAUGUACGCCGAGGGAAAUGAGAUCGCCUCAUUCUCUAUCACUAAGCAGCUGCCAUCAGAGUACUGGGCCCAGGCUUCAGAUGCCGAACUCUCUGCUGAGUAUGCCGGACAGCGCGCCAUGUUUAGGAGGUUCUCUGGCAUUCCGGCCAGUGCCAUCAAGGGAGUGCGAUCUGCUUACCUGCAGACCAAGGGAAGCGACUUCGUUAACCUCAUUAAGGAUGAUGGAUUCACGUGGGAUUCUUCCUACCCUACCGACAAGAUUGAUCCUCCCCUGUGGCCAUACACCUUCGAUUACCAGUCUACUGGUGGCUGCGCCAUCCCUCCAUGCCCAACUUCGUCCAUCUCUCAAAUGUGGGAAGUUCCCCUCGUUGAUUGGUUCGACACCAACGACACGCUGUGCGCCAACGUUGACAGCUGUUAUUAUCCCAACGACAAGGCAGAGGCUCUUCAGCUCCUGCGUACCAACUUUGACCGCCAUUACAAGACCAACAAGGCUCCCUUCCCCAUCAACCUCCGUGCCAGAUGGUUCCUCAACAAUGGCUACUACAACAUGGAGGCUCUCCAGCAGUUCCUUGAUGAGAUCCAGGAAAAUCCCGAUGUCUACUUCGUGACAUACAGCCAGCUGAUCGAGUACAUGAAGAACCCAGUCAAGCUUUCUGAUGUAGGAAGAUCUGAUGCGUUCAAGUGUGACUUUGCUGACCGCACUCCAUUGUGUGCCCAUCCCAACCUGUGUGGCUACUUCAACAUCAGCUACGCGCCCAAUGAUGAGGAGCACCAGGGAGACCGUUUCUUCCAGACCUGUGUUGAAUGCCCAGCCGUGUACCCAUGGGUGGACAACCCACUGGGAGAGGCAUAAAUUUAUGAUGCACAUUGAUAAAAUAUUUGGCCAUAUAGCUUCUAUGAACCAUAUCGUUGCAGGCCCGGAUUCGUUGGACAUCGUUUUAUAUGGACUGUUUAGCUUUGCUAUUUCAUCAGUAUGCUCGUACAUUCUUAAAUUGUUUUGAUACGUUUUAAACCAAAGUGGCUCUAAUAGACAUUGAGUUAUCAUCGCUGUUACCAUAGAGUUUACCGACGGUUUACGCAAAAAUGCACUGUUAUCAUUAUGUUAGAAACGAUUUUUGCUCGUGUUGUUAUAGUAUCCGCAUAGUAUACGCUAGGAUGAGUAAAAUUAAUAACUGUCAGCUUCGCAGUUGUAUUUAGGAAAAAAAGACAUUUGAUCCACAAGCUUUCUUUCCAACUAACAGACUAUGAUAACUCUACUGUAAAUACUUGAAUAUUUAUAGUCUGUCUGCAAUUGAAAUAAAUUACUUAUUUCGCAAUUAA